UUUAAGAGAGAUAAACAAAAAGAAUCUUCACUUUAACCAAUGAAGUAAUCCAAGCAACCGCCAUGGCCGAAGAAGCACAAAGAAAGCUUCAACCGAAGGAAUUACUAAUCCCAAAGAAAUUCCUAUUUGGCGAUCGCAACUUCAGAAAGCGGCGGUUUCAAGUCCAGACUUCGAAUCAAUAUCCAAAUUAAACACACCGAAAUCCCUUUUGGAAAAAAUAUAUAUAAAGAUCUCAUGAAGAAAUUGCUUGCAACAGAACACAUCCGAACAAAACUUGAAUUAAAAUUACCUGAGAAGAAAUUCGAACCGCAACGGCCAUGGAUCCUUCUUCUUCUGCCAAAAAUUUCGAGGAAUUUGAGCCACGAUUUGAUUGGGUUCAUCAUCCUGAUUCUCAUGUUCUCGUCGUUCACCUCUCAGGUUUCAGAAGCAACCAAUUGAAAGUUCAGGUAACGUCCACCGGGAAACUGAGAGUCUCCGGCGAACGGAAGCUCGGCAACGGCAAGUGGCUUCGAUUCGAAAAGGAAAUCGAUAUCCCCGCCGACGCCGACACCGACAAGAUCUCUGCCAAAUUGGAGGAAGGCAUUCUCUACGUGAAACAGCCCAAGAAACUCUCCGCCACCUCUUCCAAUAUCCCACCGGUUCAGCAACCCAAGCCCAAGCCUCAAUCCCAACCGCCGCCCGCCGCCACAAAACCCACUGCUGACCCACCAACUGUUCGACCAAGUGCUCCAAAGAGCCAAAACGAAAGAUCCGAGCCUCCAAAGCCCGCUGCUACGGAACCCACUGUUGCCCCACCAACUGUCGGACCAAAGGCCCCAGAGAGCCAAAACGAAAGAGCCGACAUUCCAUCAAUCGAUGCCAGAAAAACCAAUUACAUAAACUACGCACCAAGACCAACUGUUGGACCAAAUGCCCCAAAGAGCCAAAACGACAGGCCUCAAUCACAAGCAAGUGGGAAACAAAUCCCCACUCCUCCAAAGCCAGAGGAGGCAACCGGAGCACCCGCCGAGACAUCCUCCAUGGGCAGUGGACAGCCUGUUGAAGAUUUAGCUAAGAACGAGAAAACAGAGGAGAAGGGAAAAGCACAUACAAAACUACAGGAUGCUGUGGAGAAGACAAGAGAAGAAGGUAAAGAAGAAGAAGGUGGGUCAAAAAUGGCGGAGGAGGAGAAAGAAGAAGUUGGAGAAGAGAAGAGGAGGAGGAUGAAGAGAAGAAGUGAGGAAAUGGGAGAAGAGAGUGGAAGGUUGAGAAGAAGAAGAGGGUACAAACAGGUGAUUGAUGGGGUGGUGAAGGAAUUAAGGACAAAUAUGGUGACUUUGGCUUUGGGGGUUGCUGUUUUUGCGAUUCUGUAUCUGAAUCUUUCAAAGAAUGGUCAUAUAGAGGAAGAGUUGUGAAGAAGGUAUGAAUGAAUGAAAUUCAAGUUUAUGAGUGGACAGAAAUAUGUGAAGGAGUUUAUUCUAAAACAUUAAAUAAAGUUGCUAUAUUUGCAACAAACU